AUGAAUAAUUCAACGUUCAAUAUUAGUCAUGUUCUGUUGAUGAUUCCUUAUCAGUUAAAUAUAUGGUUAGGUCUAUUUCUUUGGACUACAGGUAAUAUUGGAUGUAUUGGUAACAUGCUAGUAUACGGAUCUCGUAAAUCUCGUAAACAAGCGUAUUCAAUAUAUUUAUUUGCAUCUGCUAUAGCUGAUUUUCAUUAUUUUAAUUUUGUACUAUUAACACGAAUAAUUCAGAACGGUUUUGGUAUUCAAUUGAUUAAUCAAUAUACUGUCGUAUGUAAACUUCGACAAUUUAGUACACUAUGGGGUAAUGUUGUUGGUUUCAGUUUGUUUUCUUUUGCAACAAUUGAUCGUCUUCUAUCAGCACAACGUCAAAAUAAAUAUCGACAAUGGAGUAAUCGUAUUGAUUUAGCUUAUAAAAUGAUCGUUUUCAUUCCUCUCUUUUGGUUUCUACUCAUUGGUCAUCGACUUAUUUUAUAUAGAAUCACAGAUGAUAUAUGUAGUCCGCCUUCAGGGUUUUAUAGUUAUUAUGAUAAUUACUUUCAAGUUAUAUUUUCAUCUCUAUUUCCUGCAAUUAGUAUGUCUAUACUUACUUAUUUACUUAUUAAAAGCGUGCGACUUGUUGUUCAACGAAGAAUUGCACCGAUGACUAGUGUAUCAUCGAUAACUACUCCUCAUAGAUCAAUGAUUAAUCAGUUAGAUACACGAUUAACAAUAAUGUUAAUAUCAGAAUCAUUUAUUGCUGUAAUAACGUAUGUUCCAUAUGCAAUUCAAUUAUCGUAUGCAAACAUAACACAAAAUUGGUAUAAACCACCAUUACGUAUAGCAUGGGAAAAUAUAUUGACUGAAUUAAUUCAUUUAUUUUCAUAUAUAUUUUUUGCUACAAGUUUCUAUGUAUCAUUAUCCUCCAAUGUUGCUUUUCGUCGAAAGAUAUUAAACUUUAUCACUGUGAUGAUCGAGGGUAAUGGUAAUUGGCUGAAGCCGAGCCGAAGACUGAAACGACCUAAAGCGUUGAUUGGCCGUCACACAAGACUCAACAAACCAAUAACUACUACUCUAUAGUUUAUCUAUAAGUAACUAACAUCUGACAAGAAUGUACAUGAUCCAUAUCAUAUAAGAGCGCCAUUUAAUGUUAUUAAUAGCGAUUUUAAUGCGCUAAAUGUUCACCAAUACAUUAGCCAAUUAUAAUACUAGGAUUCUCCGGUCUUCAACUUCAACUUCGGCCUAUUACCAUUACUCAUGAUCGAACAGUAACAUUUAUUUAACGGUGUGACUGUACGCGAAGAUGAUAAAAGAAAAUGAACUGAUUUGUCAUCCUUUUUUUUUAGUUACGCAUAUUUUUCUACUUGAUGCUAUUUCAUAAUGAGUCUUUUUAUCUUUUUUUAAUGACAUUAUGUGUGUGUGCGCAUGUCUGCUCGUUUAUGUAUCAAAUAGCGAAGAGAAGAUUAUGUAUAGGUAAGUUAGAUAUAUAAUAAAGAAAAAAAAUUCUAAACACAAUAAAAAAGAUUUUCGAUUUACGUCAACAUUUAUGUAAGUUAAACAAUAUGUACAAUCUCGAAUGUUAUUUUUCAUAUAGUAUCGUUUUCAUUGUAUUUGGUAUUGUUUUUAUCUUUGUAAUUUUUUUGUGUUGCUUGUCGUCAUAUUAUGGUUUGAGAAAGAUUGAGAGAUAAUCUUGAGGGUGGGUGUGG